CAGCGCCUCUCCGUGUCAACAUCAGGAGAUGAGCAACAACAACCAGCGGCAUUUAGCUGCGAAACAACGCAACAGACGUGUGUGUUACUCAUCUGUGUGAGUGAGCAUCUCAAAGAGCGGUUUGCAUUCAGGAGACAGCAGCACCGUCAGCCCAGAGUCUGACCUGCAGAUGGAGUAACAAACCCCCACUCAUGGAAACCCAGAGGAAGAGCUCUGGGGAUGACGGCGGUGGCGAGCGAGGCCUGCUCCACACCUGGAAGGGCUACUCCUGCAGUGUCACCCCAGAGAAGCUGCUCCUGCCCCGGUCGGUCCUUCAGGUCGCCCUGGGCACACGACAUGGAGUUCUGCUGGUGGAAGGAGGUCAGGUGUACAGUUUUGGGGAGCUGUCGUGGAAACAGAGUCAGGUCCCUGAGCCGGUGAGACCCACCCUGGAGAGUGCUCUCAGCGGGCAGCGUGUGGUCACUGUUGCAGCUGGAAGUUUCCACAGUGGGGCGGUGACAGAGGAUGGUGGCGUUCACAUGUGGGGGGACAAUGGUGCGGGACAGUGUGGCCUGUCGGGCCUCAACAUCGUCCCCAACCCGACUCCGGUGGCCCUGGUGGACUCUGAUACUUCCCCCCCUCAGACGGUGCCGGUGCUGGAGCUGGCCUGUGGGAAGCAGCACACCCUGGCUCUGUCUGUCCAGCGGGAGGUGUGGGCCUGGGGCAGCGGUUGCCAGAUGGGCCUCAACGCCACCAACUUUCCUGUGUGGAAACCGCAGAAGGUCGAACACUUAGCAGGAAGGUAUGUACUUCAGGUGGCCUGUGGAGCUUCUCACAGCUUGGCUCUGGUUCGCUGCCUGGGCCCCCAGGAUGUCCACCGGCCCCCUGUGGACAAAUGCAGACAGUGUAACCAGCUGCUGUACACCAUGACAGACAAAGAGGACCACGUCAUCAUCUCUGACAGUCAUUACUGCCCCCUUGGUGUGGAGCUGACUGAGGACGAGGGGCGGCUGGAGGCACCUGCCCCCACCCAAGGACUCAAAACAUCCCCAUCUGAGCCAGUCCUCCCCUCCCAUUUCUCCACCUCAAACUCUGACUCCCCAGCACCUUCUAAAAGUGCUGACCCCACCCCCAACCAGGACGUGGAGAAAGGGGAAUCAGCCUUGGCUAACGGAGUGCUGCCGGGCUCAGACUCUGACCCCACGGCUCAGUCCAAAUGUGGCAGUGGCGCCGUAUCUGUGGUCAAGAGUUCACUCUAUCCGGACGAGCAGGCUGUCAAAGACUACCUGAAGAAACUGUCAGACAACACACAGGCGGAGGCAAAGACAACUGCUGGAGGUCUGCACGCUCUGCUGCCUUCAGCCGGAGGACUCACCUCCACCCCGAGCUCCACACUCAACAACCUGGUGGCCUCCUGCGCCUCCGCAGUGGGCGAGCGGGUGGCCUCCACCUACGAGGCCUUGUCCCUCAAAAGGAUGAUGAACUUCUACCUGCCCUCAGGGGUGUCGAGGUCAGGCGGGCAGGCGGGACUUACCGGUGCUGGCGCGGGCGAUAACACCGCUGAGCGUGUCCGCCAGGAGGACUCCAUGCAGGGCAAGAAGAGCUCCAGCACAGGGGACAUCCGCGAGGAGGAGGCCGAGGGUCUGCGGCGCCGCCUCUCGCUGCCAGGACUCCUCUCACAGGGUAGAUACGCUGUUCACCUCUUAUCCUCCUCCUAUGCCCUGCUGCUGUCCCCCCGGCUGCUGAGGAAAGCCGGUCGUCCCAGGAUGCGUGCCGUUGCCCUCACCCCCCUGGGAGGGGCGGUCCCCGAGGCCCAGGAGGUGCUGCCCACCCUGCAGACGGAGGUGUGGAGCUGGGGCCACGGCGAGCACGGACAGCUGGGACAUGGAGACAACCUGGCCAGAUUACAGCCGCUGUGCAUCAAGAGUCUGAAUAAUAAGGAGGUGGUGCGGGUGGCGGCCGGCGCUCAUCAUUCCCUCGCUGUGACCGCUCAGUCUCAGGUGUUUUCAUGGGGCAGAAACAGCUCUGGGCAGCUCGGACACAUGGAGUCACCCAGCACCGUCCCCCGCCUCGCAAAGCUGUCGGAGGGCAUCCGGGUGUGGGACGUGAGUGCUGGAGAGAGACACAGCCUCCUGCUCGCAGACGGAGACUGCAUCCAGCCCAUCAUUUACUACAGUGGGCAGCAGGUGAAAGACGGGGAGGAAGAGAGCCAGACCAAGGAGCUGGCUCGGCCGGAAGAAGGAGAGGAAGAGCAGGAGCGGGCAGGAGGCUACACCCCUCAGCCUGUACUGCUUCCCUUCUGCAUGAACCUGGGUUAUGUCAGCAGCGUGUUCGCAGGCGGCCGGCGGUGCGUGGCGCUCUCAGACAGGAACGUGAUGGGCUUCAUCGCCAGCCUCCACGAGCUGGCCGCAGCCGAGAGGAAGUUCUACUGCAAGCUGUGUAACGUCAAGACACAGAUAAUACGCCCCCUGCUGGAGCUGGAGUCUCUGAGCUCGGCCCUCGGCCCGGUGACCCUCGGGCUCCUGCAGACUCUCGCGGGUAAUUUCAGCCUCCUGUGUCACCUGACCGGGCAGCACGCCGCCAGCCUCACCGCUAACCUGCGCCGUGGGCGUGAUGUCAAAAGUCUGCUCAUCCUUGACCACGCCAGCAUCUUCCUCGACUCUUAUAAUGAGUACUGCAGCUCGCUGGGCAACUUCCAGGUGAUGGGAGGUAUCCAGGCCCUGACCAAGCCCUCGCUAGAUUUCUUUGGGAAGAGUCCUGAGCUGCUCCAGAGGCUGUCAGAGUGCAGCGAGGAGAACCCCGCCAUGGCCGACCUCCUGGCGGCGAUCUUCUACCUCCCAACUCACCACCUUCACGAAUACGGCCGGCUGCUGCUCAAGCUGGCCACCUGCUUCGAAGUGUCCACCAGUGACUACCAGAAGCUGCAGGACAGCUGCUCCAAGUUCGAAGCCUCGGUCCUCCAGCUGAAGAGAAAAAGAAAGGAGGCUGAGUACACGUUUCACUUCUGGAAGAGCUUCCCUGGCAAAAUGACGGACUCUCUCAGGAAGCCUCACCGCCGGCUGAUCUGCGAGAGCAGCAACAAGGCUCUGACCCUGCAGAACGCCGGGCGGUUCUCCGUCAACUGGUUCAUCCUUUUCAACGACGCUUUGGUCCACGCGCAGUUCUCCACCCAUCACGUCUUCCCUUUGGCCACGCUGUGGGUGGAGCCCAUCCCAGAGGAGAACACUGGCAUAUACGGUUUAAAGGUGAUCACACCAGAGGAGACCUUCACCCUGCUGGCCUUAUCUCCCAUGGAGAAGGCCAAGUGGCUUCGCUCCAUCAACCAGGCGGUGGACCAGGCCCUGAGUGGGACCGGGCAGGACACGUCAUCUGUCAGCUCGGGGUCAGGGCAAAAGUUGGAGCCUCCGAUCUCCAGGACGGCCUCCUACACUUUUUAUAAGGACGGACGUCUGAAAGAGGCCAAGUACGAAGGCCGCUGGCUCGCUGGAAAACCCAACGGCAGGGGAGUGUUAAAAUGGCCUGAUGGGCGAAUGUACACAGGGGAGUUUAAGAACGGACUGGAGGAUGGCUUUGGUGAAUUUGUGGCUCCCAAUAAAACACUCAACAAGAACGAUUACUAUCAAGGCUACUGGAAAGAAGGCAAGAUGCACGGCCUGGGGACAUACAGGUAUGCCAGCGGUGAAGUUUACGAUGGAUCCUUCCAGGACGGCAUGCGACACGGCCACGGGAUGCUGCGCAGUGGCAAGCUCAACACCUCCUCCCCCAGUGUCUUCAUCGGCCAGUGGCAGCAGGACAAGAAGAGCGGCUAUGGCGUCUUUGACGAUAUCACAAAAGGGGAAAAGUACAUGGGCAUGUGGCAGGACCACCUGCGGCAGGGCACCGGGAUCGUCGUCACGCAGUUUGGCCUGUACUAUGAAGGCGCCUUCAAGGAUAAUAAGAUGAUGGGCACAGGGAUCCUUCUGUCGGAGGACGACACGGCGUAUGAGGGGGAAUUCUCUGACGACUGGACCCUUAACGGGAAGGGUGUGCUGACCAUGGCGAACGGUGACUACCUGGAGGGCUCCUUUGGUGGUGAAUGGGGCUCCGGCCUCAAGGUGACGGGGUCCUACUUCAAACCACACCUGUUCGACGCCGACAAGGACAAGACCCGUGUUGUGAAGCUUGGGCGUCUGUGUGUGUGCGCGGAGGAUAAGUGGCAGGCGGUGUUUGACGAGUGCUGGAGUCAGCUGGGCUGCGAGGCGCCGGACCAGGGAGAAAACUGGAAGGCCUGGGAGAACAUCGCCGUGGCCCUCACCACCAGCCGACGACAGAUCCAGGACAGUCCGGAGAUGUUGUCUCGGACUCACAGCAAAACCCUGGAGAGUCUAGAGGUCAUCCCGCAGCAUGUAGGACCCAUCACUAUGGAGAGAUAUCACACCAUCCGCCUCUACCUCCUCAAGGCAUGUGACACCCCCCUCCACCCACUGGGCCGGCUGUUGGAGACACUGGUGGCGGUCUACAGGAUGACCUACGUGGGCGUUGGAGCCAACCGGCGACUGCUGCAUCAGGCCGUCAACGAGAUCAAGUCUUAUCUCAACCGCAUCUUCCAGAUUGUCAGGUUUCUGUUCCCAGACCUGCCAGAAGAGGGCGGUCUAAUUCCAGAGCCGACCACCAACAUGCAGGACACGAAGGAGCCAGACUCGGCUGAUGCCCCGCCGGAGUCUCCCAAACCUGGCCGUGUGGUGAGCAGCUCGGCUCUGCUGCUUCCUGUCCUGCUGCCUCGUCUCUACCCACCGCUCUUCACCCUCUACGCCCUGGACAAAGAGAGAGAAGACGACGUGUACUGGGAGUGUGUCCUCCGCCUCAACAAGCAGCCAGACCUCGCCCUCCUCGCCUUCCUGGGCGUCCAGCAAAAGUUCUGGCCUGUUUCCAUUCCUGACUCCACACUUGCACUGGGGGAGAAGCAGCAGGUCCUCUCCAGCACCAAGGACGCCUGCUUUGCCUCUGCAGUGGAAACACUGCAGCAGAUCAGCACGACGUUCACCCCGUCUGACAAGCUGCAGGUGAUCCAGCUCACCUUUGAGGAGAUCACACAGGAGGUUCAGUCACUGCUGAAGCAGGACUUCCUGUGGUCCAUGGACGACCUCUUCCCCGUCUUCCUCUACGUUGUGCUGCGAGCUCGUAUCAGGAACCUGGGGUCAGAGGUCAGCCUGAUCGAGGACCUGAUGGACCCCUGCGUCCAACAUGGCGAGCAUGGAAUCAUGUUCACCACGCUCAAGGCCUGCUACUACCAGAUCCAGCAUGAGAAGAUCACUUAAAGAGGCCUUACAUCCUCAGUGAUCUGCAUGCUGCUGUCCCACCUGCCCCUCCCCACAGCCAAUCGCAGGCCCACGACCAGCCAGGCUUCAGGAUGACGGAUGUGUGCAGUGGCCAAUGGGAAGUGGAGGAUCAUACGAACAGGUUCCCGACAGCUCCAUCUUCUGCUGUUACAGAGAUGGGAUCACCUCUCCCUCUCUGACACACACACACACACAUAUACCAACUCUCUGCGGAGCGUUUUGCAGUUUUAGUGACCUUUACCAACCUCUUAUCUACGAAUCAUUAAGGUACAUGUGAAGAUUGUUUUACUGUCGGAGAUAAACCACUUCAUUCCGUCCAAUGUGAAAUGACGAAAGACUGACUGACUGUGGGGAAUCCUGAUGUGGGCGGUGCUGGAAAAAACAAAUGAAUUUAUAUCGUCAUUCGCUCUUUCAAUGGUUAACUGGGAAAGAGUAAGAAGUUUAUACCAGUGUUUGUUUUUGUUUGUUUGUUGGUGUUGGUGCCAAUGGGAUACACGGUUUUCUGCUCACAGUCUGCGUACUGAGAGAUGCCAGAGCUCAUUUUCUUCCUUCAGACGAGUCCGAUUUUCAGCAUGAAAAACAACUUUUUGUGGGAGAUUAAUAGAUUAUUUGCUGAAACAUGAAGUUUUUUUUUUUACUCACCUGACACCUACAUGAAGACACCGACAUAACAAAGAAGGACAUCGUCUCCUAAAAGCACGUGGCUUUUAGGAGAACUCGACAGAACAUUUUAUUUAAUGUCUUUAUCAUCUGAGUUAACUGUUUGUUUACAGCCAGCUCAGUUCAGUGUCUGAUCCACUGCAUGGGAUGUUGCAGUCCUGAAUGGUUGCCAUAGAAAAGCUCAGGGAAGCAAUUUAGCUUUCACAUGUUCAUUAAAGCAGUGAGUAGAUUUGAAUGAAGGAGGAAUGAAGGUUUGAUGCUGUAUUUAUAUAAGAAAUCAUGCACAGCAUGCAGUGGGUAAAUGUAAACUGACUUGACUACAGCUCUAAAUGACACUAAUGCUUCAUUCUCCUGUUGCACCAGCUGGUAGUUGAAUACGGUUCAAAGCAGUUGGCAGCCAACCAGCUCCUCCAGUUUUCCUUUUCAAGAAGAGGCGUUGCUGGGAGACGAGUAAAACGCAGCGCUGACAGUUUCUAUCAGACUGAUCAUCACCAUGACUUGUUUCUGAAGAUCCAGUUACACAAAUGUGAAAUGACGGGACUGUUGAACACAAGCUUUGGCUGGAUUAUUGACUUGAAAGCACACACGUUUUCCAAAUGCACACUUUGACUGUUCUGGUAGACGGUUAGCUUCCUGACUUUAAGAGAAGGCACAGGUCAAAGGUCAGUCACUGUCCCUCUAAUGCAAAACCAGGCUGAGAAAAAAUACAGUGAAAAGAAAUGUUCAGUCUCCUUACAAAUCUUUUUACAAAUAGAAUUUUUCCCCCAGCUGCAGGUGACGUGUCAGCAGAGAGGCCGGCAAUCAGCUUAAUGCAAACACUGUUAUUAUAGAUGUGAUGUCCAAAGCUGAUUCUCUGCUCUGUCUGUUAAUACUGACUGUUCUUUUUUUAAACCAUUUACAGCACUAACUGUCAGACAUUGUUGCUUAUUUGAGAUUUGUGAAUUGCGUCACACGCCAGUUUAUAAAAAGAGCUUAAGAGAGGAUUCAGAGGAUGACCCAGCCUUUUUUUUUUUUUUUUUUUCAAUAUCAUGGCUUUUGUUUUCUCAGACGGUUUAACAAUAGAAAAGCCUUCAGAUCACAGGCCCCUUUUUGAAGGGAGUAAAUUUAAGUGAAGCUGCAGGACUUUUGAAAAUCUAGCUCCAGAAAAUCUGUGUUAAAUGGUUUGAAUUUACAUCCAGACCGUAAAGCUGCUGCUGUUACCUACAGCUUUGCUCUUCUGAACUUACACUGGUAUAAGGGUGAAGUUGGAUAAAUUUUGUGUGGACAAAUAGUUAAAUUUUUACAGAUGAAUUUAACAGAAAAACUGAAACAAAAACAGUGAAAUAAUCUUUUCAGCUGUUGUAAAAUGCAGGUAAUUUGCAGCAGCUACUUUUGUAGUAAACUCCUUAGAGUAUAACUAUUUUCAAUCAGGCCACUCUUGUAGUUUUGUGACUGAAAAACAGACGUAUUAACACUCUUCAGUCACAGAGUGUGAGCUUCUGUCACUGCGGAGACCUUAUGUGCCUGACGCUCAAAAACAGUGAAGCAAUAUUGUCUUUGUAACACAGAAGUUCAAACAUGGAUGCACUGUACGCAAGAAAAAAAAACAUUCCCCAGGUUUGACAUGAUUUUGUGAGUUGUUUUGUUUGUUUGCAUCUGACCUCUUCAGUAUUUUGUGUAGAUGUUGAUGUGUCUGACACAAUCUGAAUGGUUUCUGCUGCCACUUACAACGAAGGACAAACCAGUAUUUUCAGCAGACGACACAAAUGACUUGUAAAUCCAACCACUAAUGUAGAACGGGACAUUUAUUGUGAUGGUCGCACUCUAACUGAGUCCCUGACAUGAAGUGUUAUUUUCAGUCCAAACUGACCAGUUAUGUAGUUAAUAUAAACUGAAGAAAACCUGGUGACAACUGACUGGUUAAUGUCCUGACCUCAGCAGCUGUGUUGUGUUUAAAAAUAACUGUUGUAUCAAUGGAGUUUGGUGUUUCCGGAUUGACAUUUUGUGUUUCAGCUGGCUGACAUGGCGCCCACCUGUGUGUCUUUUAUGUCAAAUGAAUUGUACCUUUUAAAUGAUAACAAAGGGCAAUAAACUCAUUUGAUGGACAUUGCUAA